AUGCUUCCGACCGAAUCGCUUGGGUGGAAUGGCCUCCAAACUCUCAAAUCACGCUUGUCUGACAGACUAGCGAGGUUUACGAGGAACAAAAUGCUUGACAGCCGCCCGCACAAGUUGCAGAACGAUGCCGCCUUCUUCGAGGCUGACCUGCGCCACAUCUUCACGAAAACACCGAUGGCUUUCAAUGUCUCGGAGCAUGACUACUACGAUAUGGACCAAAUGGCACAAAACCUUCUGGCCUCGCUAAACGAUAUGGUCAACAGAGAUCUUAUCGAGUCUUUGGAAGGAUCAAACAGUCAAGAAUCCAAAUCGCCUGAAAGUGGACAAUUCAAGCGUUCACGUACAGCCCCUCACGAUAUCAUGGUGCUUGGCGACAAGUACCCAAGACUGACUGCCCUGUUUGAAUUCUUGGAUAUUUCCCCGGACCAGUUCAAUUUAACAACCGGUCCAGGCUUAUUGUUAUUUUCACUGCCUCAAGGAGAGGCUGGCAAUAUUGCGAUGGGCCGCGUAACCAAAUGGAAAGCAUUCCUAGAACAAUACGCGGUUGGCACACAGAAAUCGCAGGGCUUUCAACUCACUUCCCUGCAACAGGAGGAAUUUUCGGCUCAAGAGCCAUCACAGGACCAGCCUGACUUGCGUCAAAAGCGGGCGAGCGCUGUGGUAGACACAAUAUUCAAGGAAUUUCGAUAUCAUAAUUGUGGAAAGGUACACGAAAUCAAGCUGAGAGUGUCGGACGACUGGCAAACUGGUCCCUACCAAACUGCCCUAGAAAUGUUCCUUUCUUCCUGUCCGGACGGAAAUGUCUGGCAGGAAGCCAAAUGUGGCUCAUUCCAUGUAACAAUUGAUGUUGCGGAGAAGGACAGCAUAUGUGCAGCGAUUCAACGAGCAAGGGGGCGGGGUAGAAAGCUCUAUGCUUUCGUUGACGAACGAGGGUUGUUCGAUAUUUCGGAUAAAAUGCCACCAAAAUUGUCGUCCUUGGAUAAAUUCACUGCAGAGUCCCUCGGUGAACUGCUCGAUCAACAGGCCUUCAGGCGCAUCACCCCGCGGGACUACCUCGAAGGUGCAACAAAGGAGAAGUUCAGUUCUCGGGAGAAGGCCACGCUAGCCCUUGCGCUUGCUAGAUGUCUGAUGGACUUCUUCGACGAGGAUCUUGAAUUGGCCUCGUACAGUUGGAAACCAGAAAGCAUAUUUUUCAUACGCUCUUCUGGCGCCCACGCGAGUAACCGCGUUCCAUAUAUCUCGCUUAGGCCGAAGCCUUCGGGUUAUCAAGCACCCGAUUUACUGAAGACAGUUGGACCCGGCAACCCAGUCCUCCUUUCAUUCGCUAGGCUCCUGCUUGAAAUUGACAAUGGCGAGCAUAUACCGAUGGAUAUCCACCCUGAAAGCAAAGCUAACAUAUCAAAAUGGGGCGAGAUGUGCGCCUUCGUUAACGUAGCAGAAAGAGAAGGGAGUGGCAACUACCUUAAGGCUGUGGAAGGGUGUCUGUAUCUGCAUAUGGCCUUGCCGAAAUCUCAUGACCAAACAACAGCCUCUGCUAGUGAGGUAUUGAGGAAGGUCAUUUACGACCAAGUAGUCCGGAAUCUUGAGCUCAUGGUGAACCCUCAAAGUUCGAAACGAAAACGACGCGAUUCAGUGUCCAGGCUUCCGCUUGCGAAAAAACUCACAAUCUCAUCGCCACCAGAUAUGGACUCAUAUGAGGUGCUACCCGGUCGCGCCAUUAACCUGUCCGCCAAGAGAACUGGGCGCCCCGCUAGCCGGGAUGAAUUUGAGAUUGCGAUAGUAUGCGCAUUACCGCUUGAAUACGAUGCCGUCUCUUUACUCAUGGACGAAUUCUGGGACGAGGACUGCGACUACUAUGGGAGGGCUAAUGGAGAUCCGAACACAUACACGACGGGACGCAUUGGAAAGUUCGACAUCGUUCUAGUACUUCUCCAAACCAUGGGGAAGGUCAGCGCUGCUGGCACAUCCGCCAGCCUUCGAUCGAGCUAUCCAGGAGUGAGGCUCAUCCUUGUGACUGGAAUUUGCGGCGGCGUGCCACAUCCAGAAGGGGACGAAGAGCUUCUCCUCGGCGACGUGGUCCUUAGCAAGUGCGUCGUGCAAUACGAUCUAGGCAGGCAAUAUCCCGACGAGUUCGUGAUGAGAGAUAUGGUGGAGGACAGCCUUGGCAGAGCCCCGAAGAACGUACGAAACUUGCUUGCUAUAUUCGAGACAAACCUUGGACGCGACAGACUAGAGCAAAAGACUGCUAUUCACCUCCAGAAAAUUCAAAACAGCCCCUCUCGAAGACGACGCAGAGCCAAAUACCAGUAUCCAGGAGCCGCCCAAGACAAGCUCUUCCAGUCAAACUACAGGCACAAACACCAUAUCUCCCCUCAAUGUCUCUGCGCAAAAAGCCGUGAAAAACAUGUCCUUGUUUGCAAGGAAUCCAAAGAUCUGUUCUGUGAUGAGCUCGGAUGCGACAACAAGUACCUAGUGCGACGGGAGCGCCUCGAGUCGAAGCUACAGCUAGAGCAGGAAGGGCGUGACCAGGAAGCCCAAGCCCCUUCAAUCUUUGUUGGGCGUAUCGGGUCAGGCGACACCGUAGUAAAGUCUGGCGAGGACCGUGACAGGAUUGCCAAGCGUCACAGGCUCAUUGCAUUCGAGAUGGAAGGUGCUGGGGUAUGGGAUGAGGUGCCCUGCAUCGUGGUUAAGGCUGUUUGUGACUACGCAGACAGCCACAAGAACAAGAUUUGGCAACACUUUGCAGCCGCGACGGCAGCAUCUGCCACGAAAGCGCUGCUGGAACGAUAUAUCCAGACGGACAAGACAUCGAGAAGUUAA